AGGAGGAGCCCCCGCCGCACGGCCUCAGUCUUCGCGUCGCUGCCCUCCAGCAUUCACGCCUCCCGCGUCCGUUCCGCGGCGCAGCCACACUCCGUUCUCUCUCUUUUCUCUCUCUCGUUGUGUGUUCUCUCGUUGUGUGUUGUGUGUCGCCGUCCUUCUCCUCGUCGUCGUCGUCUUCGUCGUCGUCAUCGUUGCCGCCGCCACCGCCGCCGCCGCCGCCGCCGCCGUCGUCGACGUCGUUGUGGUCGUCGUGUCGUAUCGUCGUUGGCGUAGUCGUCGCCACUGUCGUCGUCUUUUACGUUCUCGUGCGCGCAUGUGUGUACGUUGGGAGUCAGUGUAUUAGUGUAUUUGUGAGAGUGAAACCCACACAUAUACACCUAUACAUACAUAGGCACAAACACUUGGACAUUAUUCACUUGGUGGACGAUUCACAUAUACCUAAGCAACCAAGAGAGUCACCCUACCACGCUCGGCAGCGCACAGGGACACGCACUCACACGUUCUCCUCGAAUCCGGACGGGACUUUAGCACACCAACACCUCCGCGGGAGGUGUGGGGGUGAGCCCCCAGAGGAGGUGUCAAUCCUAGCGCUGCUCAGUGACCAUCGCGGCGCCACCCAAGUAACACCUUUCGUCCGCUCUCUCUCUGCAACAGCACACCGGCAGAUCUAGUCGACGUUUUAGACUCGAGUCCAAAAGGGAAAGACAGACUCGUUUCUUAAGUUGUUCUCGUUUUUUUUUUUUUUUCUUUCCCUUCAUUUUUCCCUUUUUCAAUUUCAAUAAUAUCACCUAGUCGUCGAAACGUACUUCCAACGAGUCAUCGAACGUUAUCUAUCGAAUAUUAAAAACUUUUUUCUCUCUCCUUUUCUUAUUCUAUUCUUGUCUGCCAAAGAAGACCCUCAAGCAAAGACAACGGCUCAACAGAGGGAGGGAGAGAGAGAGAGAGAGAGAGAGAGAGAUAAUUCUUCUUCUUUUUCUUCUUCUACUACUACUACUACUACUACUACUGCUACUACUACUACUACUACUACUACUACUGCUACUACUAUUAUUCUUCGUAGUACCUUGGCAGGAGCAAGAUUAAUACGUUUUUACUGAUCUGGUGUUUACCUAGUCUCGUGUCUACGUUAAUCUUCACGACGCGUUCUCUCUCUCGUGUGAUCACGGCCCGUCGGACGGUGGCGUCUUCGAGCGUGGACUACGUUCUCGUGCCUCCUCAUCAUUUUCAUUCUCUCUCCCUCCCUUUAUCCCUCUCUCUCUUUCUCUAAUCUCUCUCUCUCUCCCUCUCUCUAACACGCACAUACACACACACACACACACACACACAUAUAUAUAUAUAUAUAUAUAUACAAAAAAUCUAUUUAUCCUUCUGUCUAUCCUUUUGUGUAAAAAUCGUGAAGCAAGAUAGUGUACGGGCAAACAGUGAAAAAAAGUAAUUCUUCUGGUGAAUUGAAAGAUAGUGAAAGGAUUGUUAAAAAUGGGAGCGACUGUAGUUGCAAUCAGAUCGACGCAAUAAAAGUGACAGUGCUUGAAUAAAAGAGUUUCGUCGAUAACGUUAUUGUUUUACCUAAUAACGAUAGUGAACAUAAAGGAUCUUUGUCGAGAGAAGUGAGAAAGAAGAUGAAGAAGGGAAGGAUCGAUGGGUCGUUGAAGGCGAGGGUGAAUCAUCACGUUGGUAGGAAACGACGUGAACGUUCGAAGGAUCAGAAUCCUCGACGUUCCUGAACGGAAAUGUUAUGAAUAUGUUAGAGCGUGGUGUUGAAUAAGAGCAAGUGCCUCACGUGGUAUCCACAGCGGAAUAUCAAAGAGAGCGAAAAAGAAAAAACAAAGAGAGAGAGAGAGAGAGAGAGAGAGAGAGAGACGCAAGACAGAAAGGCAAAAAAGUCGUUGGUAGAGGCAAGGAAGGUUAAAGGAAAAAACAAACAAACAAACAAAAAACAAAAAAAGGAGAGUUUGAGUCACUCGAAGAGGAAUCUCGCGCGACUCGGCACACUCGCCCGUCUCGAUGAGAUUCGAACAGGAGACAGCGUGCAGGGGUACCCACUGCGCCAGCACUCCGCAACCCUCCGCGCUGCAACAGCGAACACGGCCCGAGGAGUUGGUGGUGGAGGAGGAGGAGGACUCUUCCUCCCUGAAGGACGAUAUUGUCGUAGGUCAACGAUUAAGACGCAGAGAAUUGGAGGCUAACGUGGUCGAGGGUGCGAAGACGGGGCCGAGGGCCGAGGCGGGGGGGCCUGGGAUGGCGUACCCCGCGUCAGCGACGGCUCUGAAUCAGCACUCGCCGUUCGCAAGCUCGUUGACGAGCUCGCUUGCGAGCUCCCUCGGUGGUGGACCACUUGGUGCUGCCAGCGGCGGAGGAAACGCUGGUCCUCUCGCAGCUGGUGCACCAACUUCUAAUAAUCCUAACGGCCAUAUCUCAACGGCCGGUGGACAACAUUUACCAGCACCGGCUGCACCAAGACCAACGGAUUUUAGCGUUUCCUCUUUAUUAACCGCUGCGAACACUCAUCCGCCUAUCUUAGGUGGUUCCUCGUCUCAAGGUAGCGCUUCACCACCACCUGGUGGACCUGGUAGUCCAGCGGCAGCACCCGAAACUCCACCACCCUUACCGACUCAAAGGGAAUUGUCUCAUCCCUCGUCGGCUGUUGCCGCUGCUAGUUACUUUAGUGCUGCCGCACUGGCAGCCGCUGGUUUCUAUAAUCCGGCGGCUCAUUUGCCGCCAACUAGCUCACCAGGACCGACGGCUCAUCAUCUUCAGGGCAAAGCUAUAUUAACCAGUCCUCAUCAUCAUCCGCAUCUUAAUCCUCACGGCAUCACGCCACCAGGUUUAGGACUGGGUCCGCAUACACCCGAAGAAGCAGCAGUCCUGGCGGCGGCAGCAGCUGCAUUACAUCAUCAUCAUCAAGGUGGUCCUGGAGGUCCAGCAAUGAGGCCUCUCAGGCCACCUUUACCUCCAGGGAUGCUGCAUACAUCGCCGCAUCCCUUGGCACCGCAUCAUCCCUUAGCCGCACCUCAUCAUCCUUUGGUACCACCUCAUCAUCCAGAGGAAGAUGGUGUUGUCGAUGACCCUAAGGUCACGUUAGAGGGGAAAGAACUUUGGGAAAAGUUUCAUAAACUUGGCACGGAAAUGGUCAUUACCAAAAGUGGCCGGCAGAUGUUUCCUCAAAUGAAGUUCCGAGUUUCCGGUCUGGAUGCCAAGGCCAAAUACAUCCUCCUAUUGGACAUCGUUGCUGCUGAUGACUACAGAUACAAGUUUCACAACAGACGCAUGUUUCCCGCGUAUAAAGUGAGGGUGUCCGGGUUAGACAGGCAAGCUAGCUACAUACUGCUAAUGGACAUCGUGGCAUCGGACGAGUGCCGAUAUAAGUUUCAUAACAGCAGGUGGAUGGUGGCCGGUAAGGCCGAUCCAGAAAUGCCGAAGAGGAUGUAUAUUCAUCCGGAUUCACCUAGCAGCGGCGAACAAUGGAUGCAAAAAGUCGUGAGCUUCCAUAAGCUCAAGCUCACGAACAACAUCAGCGACAAGCACGGCUUUGUAAGUACUACAAUAUUAAAUUCAAUGCACAAAUACCAACCGAGGUUUCACCUCGUACGAGCCAAUGACAUCUUGAAGCUUCCCUACUCGACGUUCAGGAGUUACGUUUUCAAGGAGACAGAAUUCAUUGCCGUGACGGCCUAUCAAAACGAGAAGAUAACACAACUGAAGAUCGAUAACAAUCCCUUUGCGAAAGGAUUCCGAGACACUGGUGCGGGGAAGCGAGAAAAAAAAAGGCAGGCGCUGUUGACGGUAUCGGGAGGCGGUUCUCGUUUGACGUCGGGUGGUCCAGCAUCGCCUGAUAAAAGACGAUCGUCGAAUUCGGCGAACGAUAUGUUGGACGACGAGGAUAAAUUAUUGGACGUUGUCGGACCAGAAACCCCACAUCCGGCCCAUCAUCAUCGUGAACGAGAACAAUCACGGGAAAGGGACGAUAGGACAAGCGAGAGAGGAGAGGGUAGCGAAUCGUCGGGUUCGGAGAGCGGAGGUGUGUCGGGAGGUGCGGCAGGAUCUGAGGGGCCACGUCCAGACGUAUCGGUUGGUCCACCAUUGCAUCCGCCAUUACUACCGUACCUCUAUCCACCUGUACCAGGAUUAUACCCAGGUCCGGGACCAUUGAUACCACCUAGUCCAUUGGGUCUACAUGGUGGCGUUACGCCGAGUAUGUUGUUCAACGCUCAAUUGGCAUUGGCGGCCUCACAACAUCCGGCAUUAUUCGCUCAUUACCCACAUCCAUUGGCCAGUCCAUUGCAUCAAUUGAAAGGGCAUAGAUUUGCUCCUUAUACAUUGCCGGCACCGUCGCAUGGUUCGGCAUUCGAAACUGUCACACCAGGAAGUAGAACUCUAAGCCCGAGAUCACCACCUCCAAGGCCAUCUACGGGUUCACCAACGCCUACGGGAGGUCCGGCAACCGUAUCGGGUACAACCGGUGGUGUUGGUGCUGGUGCUGGUGCUGGCCCACCUACGUUAGGUUCUACGACAUCGGGCUCGGCUGGUGAAUUGAAAUCGAUCGAGAACAUGGUCAACGGUCUUCAGGAUAAAAGGAGAAGGAGUCCUAGUUUAACGCCAGGACACCGCGGGGACGGUGAAACGGGCGGCGGGGGGAGUCCGUGACAGGAGAACGAGCCCGUUGUAACAAGCACAAACGACGAUCUAGAGGAUGAUCUCGAUCCCGACGAUGAUGGCUCCCUCGAUCUCGACGAUCCGUCCGAGGAUGAUAGGGAACCUGACUCGACCUCGGAGCCCUCGUAGCGCGAAGAGGAAUCUUCGUAUCUCAUUAUCCGAAUCGAUCCUCGAACUCUUGCUCGUUCUUCUCUCGAUAAAUUUACUCUCACAGCCACGUUAUAUCAUCGUUGUCCGUUCUUUAUCCUGAUCCGUGUCGAACUCUCGCUUAUCGCCGAUAUGUGAACGAUUAUUACGAAGGAUAAAACAAAAGAAAAUGAAAAUGAAAAUGGAAAAAAAAAGAAAAACAAAAAAAAAAGAAAUAUUAUCUAUCAAAACUAAAGUGCAAUUUUCUUUCUCCGAUAUGU